CUCUCCCACCCCUCUCUCUCUCUCUCUCUCUCUCUCUCUCUCUCGAUCCUCGAUCCUCGAUCUCCUUGAGAGAGAUGAGCAUCCACGACGGCGACGGCGACGAAUCCGACGACGGAGAGGUCUUCUUGGAGGACGACGACAUCGUCCAUGAGAUCCCCCUCGACGAGGAAGAUCUCCCCGACCAGGACGAGGAUGAUGUGGAUUCGGAGGCCGAUGAUGAAGAAGCUGAUGAUUCCAUAUAUGCAUUCAGGGGACAUUCAGAUGAAAUCUACACUGUUGCUUGCAGUCCGGUGGAUUCAUCCCUUGUUGCUACUGGAGGUAAAGAUGAUAAAGGGUUCUUGUGGAAGAUUGGAUCUGCAGAGGCAGUCCUGGAGCUCCAAGGCCACCAGGAUACUGUCUCUACUGUUGCUUUCAGUUCUGAUGGCCAAUUACUAGCUUCUGGAAGUUUUGAUGGAGCUGUACACAUUUGGGACACAACUUCAGGUAGUCUUAAGUGUACUCUUGAAGGUUCUGGGGAGGGUUUUGAGUGGCUCAAAUGGCACCCAAGAGGUCACUUGCUAUUGGCUGGCUCAGAAGAUGCUAAUGUGUGGAUGUGGAAUGCUGAUAAAAGUGCCUGUCUCAAUACUUUCUCUGGUCAUGGUGGCAGUGUAACGUGUGGUGAUUUUACCCCAGAUGGUAAGACUAUAUGUACUGGUUCUGAUGAUGCAUCAUUGAGGAUAUGGAACCCGAAAACAGGGGAAAGCAUCCAUGUUGUUAGAGGGCAUCCAUAUCAUACUGAUGGAUUGACGUGCUUAGCUAUAACUGCUGAUUCAACCAUUGCUAUUACUGGCUCAAAAGAUAGCUCUGUCCACAUGGUGAACAUUGCUACUGGACGGGUUAUCAGCUCGUUAAUUGCUCACUCCAACUCUGUUGAGUGCAUUGGCCUUUCGCCAAGUUUCCCUUGGGCUGCGACCGGGGGAAUGGAUCAAAAGCUCAUCCUUUGGGAUCUGCAACGUUCUUCAGCGCGAUGCACGUGUGAUCAUGAAGAGGGUGUGACCAGUCUUGCGUGGAUUGGUGCAACAAAAUAUGUUGCAAGCGGUUGUAUCGAUGGGAAGGUUAGAAUUUGGGACAGUCUCUCCGGGGAUUGCUUAAAAACUUUCAGCGGUCACGUCGACACCGUCCAAUCUAUAGCCGUUUCUGCUGAUGGGAAUUCUCUUGUUUCCAUUUCAAGUGAUGGCACCGCCCGCGUCUUUGGUAUCUCGGAAUUCAGAUGAAAGAAGACCUUAUCAUCUGGAUAGCUCAGCUUAUUUAUCCUCCGUAUCAUUCCCUUGUACCUUUGCUCGUGUGUAACAGAUGUUUAAUUUUCCAUAAGAAAAAUAUAUGUUCUGAUGUAUACUACGAGUUUGCCUGAUAUGAGAAUAUUGAACUCUUAUCUCUUUUGAAGACUCGCAAUUUUUCAAUAUCAUGAUCUGGAAACAUUGAAAUCUGUGGUAAAAA